AAGGAGAGAGCAUUCCAAAGAGUGAAGAAGGAACAGACUUUCCACCGGAGAUAGUGACUGCGUCCGACACAGACAAGGGCAGUGAAGUUGAAUCCAGCCUUAAAGAUGUUGAAGACGACACUGUUUCUAUCCUGAAACAGGCGAUUGGCGACAGAGAUAAGCAGCUGUCCUCUCUCUGUGCCAAGCUGUCCGCAGCGGAGGCGAGAACGAGGCAGCUGGAGAAACUGCUGGAGCAGACCGGAGCCCCGGGGGCAUCGAAGAGCCAUGAAGCCCAGAAGACAGAGAGGGGGACUGCUGCAGUGAAUGAGAGUAGCUCCGAAACCCUCACUGAGUUAUCAUCGGAGGCAAGCUCAGAGCAGAGGACGUCUACAGUGCUGCACGUGGAAGAGACCUCUAGCUCUGUGGUGCACACAAGUACUUCCAUUGUCACUGUAGAACGGGCCGUGCAUCACCAACAGGAAUUAACACUGGAGAUCAGGGAGGACGGGUCAAGCCUCCAGGACAGCUCGGCCGCUCGUGACCAAGAAAUGGAAAAGCUGCAAGCCCACGUUCAGGAGCUGCAACAGCAGUGCAAAGAAGUGGAAACUCUGCUCAAGGGCGAGCUUGAGCAGAAAGAUGCUGAGCUCCGCAGCUUGAAUGCCGUGGUCUCGGAAAGCCAGAGGGAGAUGGAAGAGUUUCAGGAAACAUUCCGAACUCUGGAGGUAGAAAAUAAAGAGCUUUGGGUUCGGAUCCAAGAGCAAACUGCAGAACUCGCUGAGAUCAAGGAAACACUGAAGACAUCGAAGGAAGA